UCGUACUUCUAAGCACUACAGGAUAGGACGAACUCUUAUCACGUGUCUUUUCGAAGAUCAAAGUGGACCGUGAUUGAAUAUUACUUUUCAAAAAUCGUGUCGUGCCAGGUGGCUUCGUGACUAAUUAAGGAUUUUCAACCUUUGCUAUUGCGUAGUCAUCAUGAAGAUUUUUGUUUUUUUGGGAUUCACAACGAUGGUCUGUGCACAAUUCAACAGGUACCCGUACAACCCUGACUACUACGGUCGACGUUUCGCUAUAUUACGACAGUCGCAAGAUUCUUCUCCCGAUGGAUCGUACUCCUACAGUUACGAUACAGAAAAUGGUAUAUCCGUAGCAGAACAAGGCGUUCCAAAGUAUAUUGGACCAAAUCAAAUUGAAUCUGUACGAGGACAAUUUAGUUAUACCGCACCGGAUGGUACACCGAUUUUGGUUACUUACACCGCUGACGAGAAUGGUUUUCAACCUAACGGUGCUCAUUUGCCAACACCACCACCGAUUCCAGUAGCGAUACAACGUGCUUUGGCUCAUAACGCGGCUCACCCUGAAGAAGAAGAACCCUACAGAAGAUACUGAUCGAGAUGAGACAUGUACUAGCUGCCGGAAGCUCAUGUGUAAUAAAUUGGAACAAUGCAACAUAGACGAAAGAAGACUUUUACAACCGUAAGCGAUAAUCCUUGAUAAAUUUCUGACAUGCGAUAUCUGAAUGCAUUCCCGUAAAUUCAGUUUAUUCAAUCUUUACAAUGGCAUUCUCAAUAUUAUUCUACUGUGUUUUAAAUAUAAGAAAACUGAUUGAGAUUUGUCGUUAUAAUUUCAAAUUCAUAACAAGUGAUUAAGUUUCGGUACAAUGAUGUUAAAAUACUUCUAAUUAAAACUGUGCAUUCCAAAAUAUCGUUAGUUGAAAUAAAAUUCUUGUGAAAACAUUA